CCGAGGCGGUUGUGUCGCGCAGCCUUCUCUGCUUGUGACUGUGGUGGUGGUGGUGGCAACAGCGGUGACAGCGGCAGCAGCGGUGACAGCGGCAGCAGUGGUGGCCGUGGCGGCGGUGGCGGCGUUGGAGGCGGUGGAGGCAGCGUUACAGCUACCUAAUGGUCCCGCUGUAGUCUGACGCCACAUUCUAGCAAGGCUGCGCAGAGGCAGAAAUGUCGCCACUACCGCCGCCGCCUACCUGGCGCCAGCUUAGCUUCAGCUUGUUGCUAGGUUCCUUCUGCAUCGCCCUGGAGUCCACAGCGCACAACUCUGCUACAGAUGCUUUGAAUAUCCUUCUAAUCAUCGUGGACGAUCUCCGCCCCACUCUGGGCUGUUAUGGAGAUAAGCUAGUGAGGUCCCCAAACAUUGACCAGCUGGCAUCCCAUAGCAUUCUCUUUCAGAAUGCCUUUGCUCAGCAAGCAGUGUGUGCACCAAGUCGAGUGUCCUUCCUCACUGGGAGGAGGCCUGACACCACUCGCCUAUAUGACUUCAAUUCCUACUGGAGGGUCCACUCUGGAAAUUUUUCCACCAUCCCCCAAUACUUCAAGGAGAAUGGCUACGUGACCAUGUCGGUUGGGAAAGUCUUUCACCCUGGUAUAUCUUCUAAUCACAGUGAUGAUUAUCCAUAUAGCUGGUCUUUUCCACCUUAUCAUCCAUCCUCAGAGAAGUAUGAAAACACUAAGACAUGUAAGGGACAAGAUGGAAAACUCCAUGCCAACCUGCUUUGUCCUGUGGAUGUGGCAGAUGUGCCUGAGGGUACCUUGCCUGACAAACAGAGCACAGAGGAAGCCAUUCGAUUGUUGGAAAAGAUGAAAACAUCAGUCAGUCCUUUCUUCCUGGCGGUUGGAUAUCACAAGCCACACAUCCCCUUCAGAUACCCCAAGGAAUUUCAGAAGUUGUAUCCGUUGGAAAACAUAACCCUGGCUCCUGAUCCCCAUGUUCCUGAUAGCUUACCACCUGUAGCCUACAACCCCUGGAUGGACAUCAGGGAGCGGGAAGAUGUCCAAGCCUUAAACAUCAGUGUUCCCUAUGGACCAAUUCCUGAGGAUUUUCAGCGGAAAAUCCGCCAGAGCUACUUUGCUUCUGUGUCCUAUCUGGAUACUCAGGUUGGAUAUCUUUUGAGUACUUUGGAUGAUCUUCACCUAGCCCACAACACAAUAAUUGCUUUCACAUCUGAUCAUGGAUGGGCCCUUGGUGAACAUGGAGAAUGGGCCAAAUACAGCAACUUUGAUGUCACUACCCGUGUACCCCUGAUGUUCUAUGUUCCUGGAAGGACAGCCCCACUUCCUGCAGCAGGCGAGAAGCUUUUUCCUUACCAGGACCCUCUUGAUACUGCCUCAGAAUUGAUGGAUGCAGGCAGGCACACCGAGGACCUCGUAGAACUUGUAUCCCUCUUCCCCACACUCGCUGGACUUGCAGGGCUGCCAGUUCCUCCUCGGUGCCCGAUCCCUUCUUUUCAUGUUGAGCUGUGCAGAGAAGGACAGAAUCUACAGAAGCAUUUGCAGCUCCAUGACUUGGAAGAGGAUGCAUACUUGUUUGGUAAUCCUCGGGAGUUGAUUGCCUAUAGUCAGUACCCCCGGCCUGCAGAUUUCCCUCAGUGGAAUUCUGACAAGCCAAGCUUAAAAGAUAUUAAGGUCAUGGGAUACUCCAUACGCACCAUAGACUAUAGGUAUACUGUGUGGGUUGGCUUCAAUCCUAGUGAAUUUCUGGCUAACUUUUCUGAUAUCCAUGCUGGGGAACUCUAUUUUGUGGAUUCUGACCCACUACAGGAUCACAAUGUAUAUAAUGACUCCCAACAUGGAGAUCUUCCCCGCUCACUGAGGCCUUGAGUUCUGCCAGCCUCAGAGGGCACAUAUAUGUCCCCUUACCCUUCUGGAUGGUGAAAGGAGGCAUGAGACAUGGUUAUCUCUUCCUACCCAUUGUAUUAGACAUAACCUGAGUGGGAAACAAUCAAAACAUACAUCAGCAAACUGUCCUAGGAUUAAGUGGCAGGUGGACCUUUUCAUGUAGUCCUUCUUAAAUUAGAAUUCACCACUGGAUUUGGGCUAAGCUGAAACGUUUGUUUUAAAAGCUCACGUAGCUUCGUUACUACACAAGUACAAAGUAAACUAAGGUGUAAUCAUAUCUUUAUAUCUAAAGACCGUGUUAGCCAGACAUAAUAUUGUACUCAAGAAAUCAUUUGUUUGUUGAAUUUAGUGCAUUUCAGAUAGUAACCAUGUCUUAAGUAGCCCAGUGUGUCAAGCAUGUUAACAUGAGAUUCAUUUCUUUCUCAAAUGUGAAAUUAAAGUUGCUUCUAGAAUUAUUACUUAGUUUCUAAGACUACAGAUUUCAAAUUAAAGGUAAAAUAUCCAUGUGAUGAUCAAUGUGAUGUUUCUUCAUUAAAUAAUAAAUAAUGCUUAGUGAAGUAUAGUUAAAGUUAGGAAAUUCAGUUAACUAUUUCAAUACUCUCUGGCCCAAAUAAUAGUUUGUUAGUAAAUACUACAACUCUUGAACUCAGUGUCUAUCUGUUAAAAACUCUUAUUCACAAUGAAAAGUAUUUAAAAUGGAACUAUUCCCAUGAUUUGAGUCAUUCAAAAUUGUAUUCAUAUUCCUAUUUAGAGAAUUGCAGAUAUCCAUGUAUCCUGGAGGCAGGAGGUAUUCUACUUUUUGCUAAAGAAAACGUGUUUAUGAAAUGUAAAUUAUCUUGAGGCUUGUGGAAACUUUUCACUAAUAGGGUAUAAAGUAAUUUUCAGAAUGUAGUUCUAUGUCUCCUAAGUACGAAAGUAACUAGAAUGGCAUGUAGUAAUGAUAAGGUUAUUUUAUUACUGUUGCUCUAACAUGGUGAAAACUGCACAAUCGCCAGAAGUCUACAGCUUUUUAAAUAAGCAGUCUAUGUAUUUGGUUUGUAUUUAAAUGAGUAAUUUCAAUAAUUUUCUUAAAAAUGCCUCAGUGUCUCAAGGUAAAUGUUUUUAAAACAAAAAAGCAAAUAGCAAUUAGAUUAAAUUGUUGUCAUGUAUUAAAUUGUAACCAAAAAGUCAAGAUAAUACUUUGAAGUCUGUAAAAUUUCAAAGACAGAUUGUUGUUUUUACCAGUUGGCCUUAUAGUAGAGUGGUGGAUAGUCCUUUUUCUUUUUUCCAGAGCAAGUAAUUAAAUGUCUUGACAACAGCAGUUUGUAUUGCUGGUUUGGGAUUGAUGGUCCCAUUCAUCUUUCCUGAUCCUCAGAUUUGUCUGUUGUCUAGAAACUGGCUUUUACAGAUGCUUUGCUCCCAUCUUUCCUUGUUGAUCUCAUGAUGUCCACUCAGCGUCAUUUUUACAAUUUAGUUUAGAAACUCCUCACAGUAUGUUUUCAUUUUGUUUAGCUUCAUUUUCUACUUCAUAGUUAGAGGGAUAGAUUUUGACACAAGUUUUUAUUUUACAUCUAUCUCCUAAAGCACAGUUUUAGUGUUUAAACCCCUCUGAAUUCUGCUUCCAAUGAAGUUAUAAGCCCAGUGGUGGCCACAAGACAUAUGUGGCUAUUUAAAUUUGUUGAUACAAUAACAUUUUAAAAGAUUUCUGGUACCUUAUAAUUCACACUUAGAACCUUCCCAUCAUAGCAGACUGGACAGAGAUGCCCUGGAUUCAAGCUAGAUGGGUUCACCCUGAUUGGUAGGUUCCUACUGUCCUGCAUUUGCCCACAAUGAGCAAACUAUAUUUGGUUUAGGCAUAGAAUAGGGAGUUUGCUAUGGCCAUCAGCUUCUUCCUUCCACUCUCAUCACCAUUGCCUCUGUCCUUCUCUUUCCUUCCCAAGAAAUUUACCUCCCCUCCUUUUCACUCCCCUGUUCCUUGAAGAAUCCAUGUGUCUUCCUAAAAUCCCUCUUGACCCCUGCCCUUUAAGAACACCAUCAGUGCCUACUAAAGGUCUAGAAAGACCUCCGCUGAGCAGUCAGAGUCUUCCCUGGCUCCACAAUACCCCUUCCCUUGGCUGACUCUCCUUGCCAAUCCUUACCUCCCUGGUCCUUCAAGCCUUUGUCCCCUCUUCUUUGCUUCAACCCUUUCAUGGCCAUUCUUCAUAGCCUGGCUUCCCUACCCCCCUGCUUAGAGGCUGAGGCUGUCAGGACUCUCUAGACUGUAUUAUUGGGAGAAAUGAAUACAUCUUGAAAAUCUGGUAUUUUCUUCACCUUUUAAAAGGCAUUUUUCCCCAUUAGGAGUUUGAUAUGUUUAAUUAUACAAAAAUUAGAAAGCAGAAAUGCAUUUAGAAGGCAAGAAAAUAUUGGAGUGCUUUAUUCUAAGAUCGCCAUAUCUUAUCCUUUUGGGGGUAUGAAUGCUUUACAUUUCUUGAUCCUCUAUGCUGUUUAUAAUACAACUUCUGCACUUAACUUUCUUUCUAAACAUUUUGUAUGGUUACUAGUGAUUUUUGAUUAUAUUUUAUAUUCCUGGUAAUAUAUGUUAUUACAUAGAUUUAUUGUAAUUUUUCAACCUUCUUUCAGUUGUUAGAAAUUUAUGUUAUUUCCAAAUUUUUAGUAUUACAAAUAAUGCUGUGAUCAAUUUUGUGAAUACAGUGUUUUUAUAUAUUUCAAACUAUUCCCAUAGGCUAGUUUCUCAGUGCCAAGUCAUCAAAAACAGCUCCGUUUUCUCUUCAUUCUUGCUAUGAUAGCAUAUUAAACUUAGAAAAGAAAUCCAAAAGUCCUAUAUUAAAAACCGUAAUACCAAAAAGGAAAGUCUGUAGUCCUAUAAUAAUAGGUGAAAGCUAUAUUCUGCUUUGAUGUCUGAUUCUUUGCUGAUUAAUGACAUGAACCAUUAUUCUCUCUGUAUAAUAGUUGAGUAGUUGCAUUUCCAGUUGUGUGGCUUUGUGUGGUCAUGUUAUGGAUCUUAUUUUUUAAUGUAAUAAAGUAAAUUGCUCUUUUCCUGUGUGACAGUUUUUCUUGUAUAUUUGUUCUAAGCAUAGAACAACUCCAUUUGGGACCUGAAUAAAUACUCAUUUUCCUUUGAAA